CUUCCGCACACUGGAGGACCGGCGUCACUUUAGAACGCGCAUUUUUUUUGCAGACUUAUCAUUUUGUAGAAAAUUCUCCUAGCGUCAGCACCCUGACUGCUACUAUAAUAUUAAGCCGCUAAAGAGUCCAAGUUUCCUUUUCUUUAUAUCAACUCGCUAGUGUUUUUAAAUUACAAACAAAAUGGGCAAGAAAUCCGACAAUCCUGAGAGCUCCGGCAAGGGUUCCGAUGGCGAGGAGGAGGAGGAGUACGCCGUGGAGAAGAUCAUCGACCGGCGGGUGCGCAAGGGCAAGGUGGAGUACUACCUCAAAUGGAAGGGCUACGCCGAAACGGAGAACACCUGGGAGCCGGAGAGCAAUCUCGACUGCCAGGAUCUCAUCCAGCAGUACGAGCUGAGCCGCAAGGACGAGGAGAAGGCAGCCGCUUCCAAGAAGGAUCGUCCCAGCAGCAGUGCCAAGGCCAAGGAGAACACAGGACGCGUCAGCACAUCGGCGUCCUCGGCGAACAAGCGGAAGUCCGAAGAACCAGCAGCACCCGCUGGCAACAAAUCAAAACGUACAACAGACGCGGAUCAGGAUAGCAACGCUUCAGUUACCGGCGCUACCGGAUUCGAUCGAGGCCUGGAGGCAGAGAAGAUCCUCGGAGCCUCCGACAACAACGGCCGCUUGACAUUCCUUAUUCAGUUCAAAGGCGUGGACCAGGCCGAAAUGGUGCCCUCAUCGGUGGCUAAUUUGAAAAUCCCCCAGAUGGUAAUCCACUUUUACGAGGAGCGUCUGUCCUGGUACUCGGAUAAUGAGGAUUAAAUAUUACGACCUUCCUAGAAUUAUGUCUGGCCUCCACGCAGGCGUUUUGAAAACCCCCCUCACAACUCAUGAAGCUUCGGACCACAUUUAUAUUACUGUCCAGCAUCAAUGUUUGUAUUUAUGAUUAACAUUUUCAACGAAUAAACAAAACCUAUGUUCAGCUGGAGCCUAUUCAAGUAA